AUGCCAAUCAUACUCCCUGAGCUUCCUGUCCCAAUCUCCGAUUUUGUUCAUUAUGCUGACCAACAACCGCAUACACAAGUCGGUGUGGGACAAGCUGUUGAGCCUUUCAAAGCGUAUGAGAACAAGCUUCGAGAAAUCUACGCCCAACACCUUGAUCAUCCAGCCGUGAGUGCUAAUCAUCUGGUUUCAAUCUUCGAAACCUCUCCAUGCACCACCCGAGCCAGGGAUCUGAACAAGGAAUCGGCCGACCAGAAGGACGCCUACCUCCUGUCUCUCCCAGAUGACCUUCGACGAAAGCAUGGCUCCCCAGCGACCGUUCAAUCCUUGAAGGAUUUCCGCACCAACUUCACCAUCUUCUCGGAAUCUUCCUUGACCGAGUUGAAGUGGGAUAAUGUGGUUGUCGCUGGGAGUGCGGUCAAUACCUCUCUUUUGCCACUCAACGCUCCCUACAGCAAGUCCAAGCGAGCACUUCGUAAUUACUACCAUGACAAACUCGCUCCAGCUUCUGACGUUGAUCUGUUUCUUUAUGGCCUCAACGAGGAAGAGGCAGUCGAGAAAAUAAAGCAAAUUGAAACAAGUGUUCGCGACAGUAUCCUAGCAGAAACCACCACGGUCCGGACCAAGAAUGCCAUCACUAUUGUCUCGGAGUAUCCUGUCCGCCACGUCCAGAUUGUCCUGCGUCUUUACAAGAGCAUCUCGGAAAUUCUUACUGGUUUCGAUGUCGACUCCUCAUGCGUCGCUUACGACGGCCAACACGUAUGGGCAUCACCGCGGGCUGUUGCUGCAUUCAUGACACAGGUCAAUUCGGUCGACCUGACGAGACGCUCACCUUCCUAUGAAAACCGCCUUUCAAAGUACUCUCAUCGUGGCUUCGAAGUCCACUGGCCCUUGAUUGACCGCAAACGUAUAGACCCAACCAUCUAUGAACGGUCGUUCUCCCGAGUUCAAGGUCUUGCUCGACUUCUGGUGCUAGAGAAAUUGCCACAUCCGACAGAUAGAGACGAUUAUCUGGCUAAGAGGAGAGAAGAGAGAGGUCGCCCUCCAUUGUACAAUAGUUACAGAUUUAACAACAAGCUGGCAGGAAAUUUGAAAGAUGUCCAGCCAGAUGAUGUUGCCGAAUGGGUGGAAGAAGACGACGUCUCCAACUAUCAUACGGUCUCUAUUCCCUAUGGGCCCCGGUAUAAUGCAAAACGUGUUGAGAAGCUUCUCUUCACGAAAGAUCUACUUCUGAAUGCAGAGUGGAACAAGCCAAAAGACAGAGAAACCAACCUCCACCGCCAUCCAGCUUUCUUUGGCCUCAUUGACGAUAUUGUUCACGACUGCUGCGGUUUCUGUCCCAAAGCGACUACAGAUGCAGACCUCGCGGCACUAGAAGACGAGCGUAAAAUCUACAUCUCAGGUGGAUUGACCUUUCUCAAGGACGACCCUGGCCGCCAGUCCAUCGGAAGUUUCAAUCCCAUCACCAAUGAAGACUGGACCGAAAUGGCUUAUGUCGGAAACACAACGAGACUCUGUCAAGCAAUUGUGGACCAAGACAUUGAUGCUGUCAGGGAUUGGUUCUCGUCACCUGAAGUGACCGAUGUAAAUCGGCGUGAUCACACCGGACGUACUCCUCUUCAAUUGGCUGCCAUGUGCUCCAUUCCGGAAGUUGUCCAAGUCUUGAUCGAACACGGCGCUAGACUGGUCUCAAGACUUUAUAAUGGGAUGACCGCUUUGCACAUAGCAGCUCAUCGUGGCAAUGCUCAGAUUGUCAAAGAUCUCUUGGAGAAGAGUGCUGCCAACGAGCAAGAAGAAUCUCGUAAAGAAGUUGGCCGUAAAAUAGCCAGGCGUGCAGCUGCAGGACUUGAGAACAACGAAGGUGAGAAGAACGCUACGAGCCAGUCCGAUCCUGGAAGCGAAUCUGGCGAAGAUGAUGAAGAGUGGAAAGACGAAGAUACCGACAGCAAUGAUAGUAUGACUGAAGGGUCGUUCAUCAAGGUCCGAGAAAAGAGCGAAGUGACUGAUCCAUUGGCUGAAGACAAGGAUGACCCGGACGUCUAUGAUGUGGAUGUUCUUGCUUGGGACAACCCAUUGUCUCCUCUUCACCUCGCCAUUCUUGCCGGUAACAUCGAAGUCAUAGAGUUAUUGAUCGACGAAUAUGGUGCAGAUGUUCUACUCCCAGUCAAGAUCAUGCACGAUUACGAUCGCAAGAGUGCGAAAGCAGCCAUUCUGACACUUGUUCUGGCCUUGGAGCUUCCUCUACAGCAGGCAAACAUAACCGUCAAGUCACUCCUUGCCCAUGGAGCGACAUCUACUCAAGCCGACAUGAACCAUAUAUCAGCAUUGCACUAUGCUAUCAACAGUGGAAAAACUCUGAUAGUAGACACUUUGCAAAAUGCAGAUCCGGAUGCAGUCUCAAAGGCCAUCAACUUUGUCUCGGCGCAAGGCUAUCGAGACAACCCUUCCGUCCAGAUCCCACUCUUGACAGCAAUUCGUACGGGUCGAAAAGAUCUCGUUGAAAAGCUGGUUGAAAUGGGCGCCGAUAUUGAGGUCCCCUUUGCACCGUUCGAGCAAGCAUAUAAGCGUGGCGUUAACUACCCUUAUGAGAACCAUGAUGACAUCUACAAGAAAUAUCAAAGCUGUGUUGAGCAACCGAUUAUUCUGGCUGCCAAGAUGCAAAUGCUAGAUUUUGUGGACUACGCAAUCGAACACGGCGUGAACGUCAAUACGAUCGAGAUGCGUGCUUGGAGAUUGAUUGAUAGUUAUCAAUGGGGAGAUGACGGCAGGUCACUGUUGGAUAUUGUGAGAAAUCACAUCAAGGAACUGAAGGAGGCGCUGUACCCGCAACAUUCCUCGAAACCCGAUGUUCUCCAAAAAGAUGAACACUACCUCGAUUUCCCCAAAGAUAGCUACCAAUACUGGACAGCUUAUCACGAUCUCAAAGACGCCAAGUUACUCCAUCGCUACCAGUUUUUGAAGUGCGAUCAGAAGAACAAAUUGCCGGGAAAGAGCGAUCAAAAUGGAAUUUUGCAGAAAAAUGCUGCAAUGGAAAAGGUUCUCACUCAACUCACUCAAAUCGAGAAUAAGCUAUGCAAGCGAGGAGCAAAAUCGUUUUAUGAUAUCCACCCCAAGGCGCACAGAAAUACAUACAAUGCCCGGCUUGGGUCAGCUGGUAUGAAUGAUGCGCCUUACGAAACAAGCAUCUCAUUCGUUACUUCAGACGUCCUCGGACCCGAGAGAAAAGCGGAGCGGAUUCAGCUCUUCGAAGCGUGUUGGAAUGGAGAUGUUGAGACUGUAAAGUCUCUCUGCCUUUCCACUUCAGGCGCUCUGGAAGUUGCGGUGAAAGACCUCCAUGGAUUCAGCCCCUUUUCCAUUGCAGUACUUCGCGGUUACCAUGACUUGGCACAGCUCAUCAUCGAGAUUGCAACUGUUCAAUACAAGCCUGCUUCUGAUUCUGAGAAGUAUCGAUAUACACUUCGAACCGAAAAGGAAUACGACGACGACAGUGAUUGUGACAGUGAAAACUCACAUGAAAGUGAAGUGGGUGUACUGGCACAUCUUGUCCAGGACAAUUUUACAGUAGACGACAUUGCAACGCUCGCUGAUCAUGUCCAGUCUAAGGUUUCUCCGUUGAAGAUGCUGACCUGGGGCUUUCCAGGUUUGCGGGCUGUGAGAAACAGUGCUGAGAAUGAAGAGGCAAUGCGGUGCUUCACAUGCUUGAAAGAACCCCGCCCCUAUGCGUUUGAUGACGCGGUUUCUUCCUGGCAAUGGUUCAAUGCUGCUCUCAUGGAUAUCAACCGGGCUAAUCGUGACUCUCUUGUUAUCUACGCAAUUGCUACAAAUGAUCUACGGCUUUUGAGGUUCAUCUUGAAGAUCGGGCAUGAUCUGGCUCAGCAGACAAAAGAUGAUGGCGAUCUCAAAGUCUAUCCUAUCAGUACCAAGGAGUUCCAGACCGCGAUCCGCCUGGGAAGAGUGGAAAUGAUUGGUGAAAUUCUGAAAGCCACUGGUUUCGGAUUCCCCCUGCAGAAAAUAUUCCAGAAAUCUGGUGUGCAGCUUGAACGAUCUCCAGAAUACUACCAGGGUCUCACAGUACACGGCAAGAAACGUCAACAGUUUGUCGAUGCAGCUCGAACGGGAUCUCGUUCCCGCUACUAUGAGUCGGAUUUAGGAGUUCCUCUUUUGGCAUCUAUACUGCAAGGCAAUCUGGAAUCAGCGGAGUAUUUCUUCUCAGAUUCUCCUUCAAGACGAUAUCUUGAGUUUGCGAACACAAUCAAAGAUGAUAAGAGGAUACAAGGACUAUCCAAGACAGAUGGUGGGGUUGAAGGCACCGUGAUCUCAUGGCUGGCAACUCGAAACAAUCUUGCCAUGCAUAUGGCAGUCCUGUCACCACCAAAUCAAGAUGGAUCGCAACCAAUAUUGGACUAUCUGCUGAAGAAAGCACCCGAAUGGAUUGAUGUUCGCUCAGCUGAUGGCAAGACGCCACUCUUUGUGGCGUUUGAAGCAGGGCGGUAUCACAGCGCAAGGAUGCUGAUUGAUGCCGGAGCAGAUCAAACCACUAGAGACACCCAAGGUCGAAACAUACUUCAUGUCAUCUUGAGUGAUACUAGUGCCCAAAAGUAUACUAUACUGCGGCCAGCCCUUGAAAUGCUCGACCAAAAGUUGGUGCCAUCUCUUUUGACGGAACGCUGCGGAAUCCGGCUGGGAACGACGACUCCGCUUGUAUCGUUCUUGAAUCAAUGCGCUCAUUCGUCUGGCUGGGAAGAUAGCUUGACGCUCAUUCUGAAGUAUACAGAUGGAAAGGACCUUGAGAAGAUGAAUGGAGCUGGUGACUAUCCACUUCAUACUGUGGUACGGUCAGAUAACUCGGAUCUCGUCAAGUUCCUUGUUCAUUAUCGGCCUGAACUGCUGUACCAGGAAAAUGCUACUGGGAUGACGCCUGCAGAGGUGGUGGCGACAUUAUAUAUCCGCACCCGAAUCGAGAAUCCACCAGCACCUUCCAGUAGGGACCAUUGGAGUGUCAAAGAUAGUCCGGCGGAAAGUUUCCUCCCAAAGGACAAGUACGAUAUUGAUGGAAACUAUCACCCUGACGAUGACGAUGACAACGGUAUUCACUAUUCCUACAAUCGAAACAUUGGACCGGCGCGUCGAAUGCAUCAUCUCAUCAAUCAACUAGUGAACAAGUUUCCUGCACCACGAAAACUGGUAUCUCUCCAUGAUGCCAAUGAGGUUGCAAAACGUCUUGCCUUCUUACAACAGAAAAAAAGUGAAGAAGAUCGUCGCCAUGCCGACCAAGCUAACAAACUAGGGGACCAAUGGGCCGAAAAGACCGACAAGCAUGCUGAUGAGCAAGCAUUGCAAGACGAGGUCACGGAUAAUUUGGUUUAUGCCCCAAUCGACAAGGAUUGGGGUUGGCUGAACUGGAGAAAGGAAAUUGUCAAAGAAGAGGGCAUCGAAGAAGCCAUUGAGAAGCAGCGCAGAGACGAUAACGCGUGGCUGCCAGACUUGACGAAUGAUAACCCUUUCUUCGCAAAGUCGGGUAGAUAA